UUCUUUCCCCCUUAUUGUGCGUCAUUCAUACACCUUACACUUUCUCCGAUCAAUCAGCAUCCACAUUUCACAUUUCUCGAUCUUUCUCUCUCCUCCUCACAAUGCACUUUCCCCUCUCCUUCCCGUCUAUUCCUCCCUCCCUCGGCGAUCUCCGCCGGCGAUGACCUAACUACCUCCAUUGAUUCCGGUGUGCUCUUGGAGAUCGUUCCUCCUUCUCUCCCUGCAGCCAUUUAUCCACAACUUCAGCUAUUAGCUAACCUGAGGAAUUUUAUCUCUCUUCCAAUUUCCCAAACUCCUUGAAUCCCUUUAUCUCCUUUUGCGCUUCGGUAAGAAUUUUGACCACCGAAAAUAAGACGACUUCUAAUUCGAGUCAUUUUACUGUUGAAUCAACUUUUUGUUGUAUUCAAUUCGACUUUGAGUGACAAAUUUAGGUCACAGUUUUGAUGAUUACGAAAACUUUGUAGUAGUAGAUUGUUGUUAUCAUUAUUCAAACAAGUUAACCCCGUUUGACCCUUCAGACUGAAAGGGUCAAAACCAUUGAAAUUAGGUCUCUUUGGGAAUUUAGGGAUUUUUUUUGAAUAUUUCUUGUUAAUUGGAAUUUGAUGGGGGAAAAGAGAUGAUGAGUUUGAGAAUUUGGAGUUACAUUGAACAGUUGUUUGACGGGGUGUACUGUUAUAAAUAAAUUGCGAUUUGUAAUGUGUAAGUAAUUUGUGAAAAAGAGAAAAUAUGGAGGGGAAGAUGAAGAAUGAUAAGGAUGUGAAGCGAUGUGAGGGUUGUAAUCCUGUGAAGAAACCUGGGCCGGUUUCUAUGGAACAUGUUUUGUUGGCCCUUCAAGAAACUAAGGAUGAGAGGGAGUUGAGGAUUCGUAGUCUGUUCAACUUUUUCGAUAAGGCGAGUACUGGGUUUUUGGACAAUGGCCAGAUUGAAACUGGAUUGUCCGCGCUUCAAAUUCCAUCGGAUUACAAGUAUGCUAGGGAUCUUUUGCAUGUUUGUGAUGCUAAUAAGGAUGGGCGAGUCGAUUAUGAGGAGUUCCGGAGGUACAUGGAUGAUAAAGAGCUUGAAUUGUAUCGGAUUUUCCAAACUAUUGAUGUGGAGCACAAUGGUUGCAUUUUGCCGGAAGAGCUCUACGAUGCACUUCUCAAAGCAGGGAUUGAGAUCAAUGACGAGGAACUUGCUCUUUUUGUUGAGCGUGUGGAUAAGGAUAAUGAUGGUGUCAUAACCUUUGAAGAAUGGCGAGACUUUCUUCUUCUUUAUCCUCAUGAAGUAACAAUUGCAAAUAUCUAUCAUUACUGGGAGAGGGUCUGUCUUGUUGAUAUCGGCGAACAAACUGUUAUACCAGAAGGUGUCAGUAAGCAUGUCCAUGCUGGCAGAUACUUAAUCGCAGGAGGUAUUGCGGGUGCUGCAUCCCGCACUGCUACUGCUCCUUUGGAUCGUUUGAAAGUGGGUUUGCAAGUUCAGACGACGGAUGCUCGUAUCAUGCCGGAAGUAAGGAGAAUAUGGAAAGAAGGAAAGGUUCCUGCAUUUUUUCGUGGCAAUGGAUUAAAUGUUGUGAAGGUGGCACCUGAAAGCGCCAUUAGAUUUUACACAUAUGAAUUGCUUAAAGGUGUCAUAAUGGAUGCUAGAGGAGGAGAAAAGGCUGAUAUUGGUGGUAUGGGUCGCCUUGUUGCUGGUGGCCUAGCUGGUGCUGUUGCGCAGACUACAAUUUAUCCAAUUGAUCUUGUGAAGACGAGGUUGCAGACAUUUGAAUGUCUGGAUGGAAAAGUACCUAGAAUAGGUGCGUUAACAAGGGAUAUAUGGGUGAAAGAAGGGUCACGAGCUUUCUACAAGGGCCUUUUCCCAUCUCUUUUAGGUAUAAUUCCUUACGCGGGCAUAGAUCUUGCUGCUUAUGAAACACUGAAGGAUAUGGCUAAAACACACCUUCUUCAUGAUAAUGAACCUGGACCUCUUGUGCAAUUGGGUUGUGGAACCAUAUCUGGUGCUGUCGGAGCAACUUGUGUUUAUCCAUUGCAGGUUGUCAGGACAAGAAUGCAAGCUAGCCAGUCAAAAGCUGGAAUGUCUGAAGUUUUCUGGACAACUUAUCAAAAGGAAAGAUUAAGGGGAUUUUACAAAGGAUUGUUUCCCAAUCUUUUAAAAGUGAUUCCAUCUGCAAGUAUUACUUAUUUGGCUUAUGAGGCCAUGAAGAAGCGGCUGGAGCUGGAAUAAGAUGUAGCUUUGCAAGAUGUUUUUACCUUGACAUGGCUAACUAUUUGGAUGAAAUUGGCGAUAUUGGUGCUCCGACAUGGAUGACCAGGAAUAAUGGGUUCGUAUUGAGUAGAUAUGUUAUUGUUUUGAUUAAAUACAUACCCCCAAAGCCCCUUAGAUUUCAUGGUAGAAUUGUGUAUUAAUUAAUGAUUUGAAUAUCUCUGUUCUCAAUCAAUGUUUCAUCAUGAUCGUAGUAUGAUCAGCAACGUAAUAGAAACAGCUGAUUACAAAUUUUGUAGUUACUUGAGGAAGUUUGCUUUCGUUAGAA